GGAUUUGUCGAGAGGAAGCAGUGAAAGUAAACGGAUACAGAUACAUUACUUUGUCAGGGAAGGCUGACUUUCUGACUGGCGGAUUUCCGUUUAUAGGGGUUGUUUUCUUCGCAAAGCGACGUCCAUAAAUUCAUCGGCGGUGAGGACAGACAGGUGUCUUCCGUCUAGCUGUGGUCCCUCUGAGAGAUUAUCAUGGCUCAGUAUUUGAGAUAUUUCACCACAGUGGGAGAUGAGCAGCCUGGCCAGUGGGAGGAUGACGAAUUGCACACAGACAGUGAUGAACUGGGUCCUGCCACUGGGCAGUAUCUUGAAACCUUAACUUUCAGGGAUUCCCUGAAAAGACUCUACAGUUCUGCGCACUUUCAGAUUCUGGUGGUGUGUUUAGUUGUCCUGGAUGCAAUUUUUGUACUGGCAGAGCUGCUUAUAGAUUUAACCAUUAUCCAGUUGGAACAUGGCCAUGUUGCAUCUGAGGUGUUUCACUACCUAAGCCUGGCACUUCUUACAUUCUUCAUGGUGGAGAUAGCCGGCAAACUGUUCGCAUAUCACCUUGAGUUCUUCCAACAUAAGUUCGAGGUGUUUGAUGCGUUGGUGGUGAUGCUGUCUUUUGUGCUGGACAUAGUCUUCAUCUUCCAUGAUGACGUAUUUGAUGGAAUGGGUCUACUUAUCCUGCUGCGUCUCUGGAGGGUGGCUAGAAUCAUCAAUGGGAUCCUAGUGUCAGUAAAAACCCGUGCAGACCAGAAGAUGCAUAAGCUGAAAGGGAGCUAUGACCGUCUCGUAGAAAGAAUCACCAAACUACAACAGCAGAUUGAUAAACUACAACAAGACAACGAAAAGCUUCAGACACUUCUCAAGAGGCAUGGCAUAGACUUCUGAUUGAUAAGGAAUUUAAAUGAGUUCAUAUCAUGCAACAUUUUUUUUUGCAUAAAUCCAUGUAUUAUUUCAAAAUUUAAUCUCAGUUCAUGAUUUCAAUAAUCCGAAUAUUUUACUUUACUACUUAAACACCUUAUUGCUUCAUCUAAUCAAUUCUUUGCUCUCUGUGUAAUCAUAAUUACAAUUUUGGUAAGUGGACGUUCACAGUCUGUUAGUUGCUGAAUCAAACAAAUGGAAAAAAGAAGUCAAUAGGCAGCUUGGCAUUGAUAGUCGGUGUAGCUCUGUAUCCAGAAAGGGCAGCAGCAGAAAUUUCUUUGAAGCUUACCAAACUUUGAAUUGAGAGUGCAUCACUGCCUCUGAUAAAACUAGCCUAUGAAAGAUACAGAAGAGUUCAUUAGGAAUGCAUAUUUUGUUUCUUGAUGAAGUGUAAAACUUAAGUGAUAUGUCCCCAAAAUCACAGAAUAAAUCUAGAUUUUGAUAAUCCAAACUAUUAUCUAUUAUCAACAAUUAAUUAUGUUUGCAAUCCAAUUAGUGCCAAGUAGGAGGAUGCUGACAGAUUUAAUUCCUUCAAUUAACGAGUCUUUUCUUGGUGUUUAUGGUUUGUCAAUUACUGCAAAUCACCUUUAAGUGUAUAUUAACCUACAUGGUCACUGUAUUACAUACCAAGAUGGUGGCAUUGGUUUGGAUAAUUUCCUCGACACUCACAAUCUGAGUUUGGGGAUUCCACAAGAAUCCAUAUUUGGUCCAUUCAAUCUGUAAAUGAAGUGAUAACGGGAUACUGCAAAUCUGUGAAUCCUGCAAAUCAAAAUGCAUGUAGUAUUCAGAAAGUAGUGUGUAAUACACACAUGCACACACACACACACACACACAUAGAAAGUGGAACCUUACUUUAUAUAUGUAAAUGAAUGUGUUCAGACUGUCCGCGAUUAUAAAAUCAAUGGAAAUAAAAUUAUUUUGUUCCAGC